AUGAACAACAUCUCUGGAACUAUACCCAAAUGUCUCAACACUUGGACUACUUUGACUCAAAAGGAGAAUUCAAGUCCAAGUAUCAAACAUUCCAAUGAAAUUCAGGUGGGAGAAUCAUCAGUCUAUGUUUUUCCUUAUGAUGAUGAAGCAUUUUUAACAUGGAAAGGAGUAAGGUCAAAAUACCAAAGCAUUCUUGAACUUGUAAAGAGUAUUGAUCUAUCAUGCAAUAAGUUGAGUGGGGAGAUUCCUACUGAAAUCACUUAUCUUGUUGGUUUGGUACCUUUGAACUUGUCGAGAAACCGAUUAACAGGUCAAAUACCUUCAAGGAUUGGAAAUUUGCAGGAGUUGGAUUCUCUUGAUUUAUCAAGAAACCAGAUAAAUGGCAAAAUUCCAAUAAGUAUUUCUUGGAUAAAUCGUAUUGGUUACUUGGACUUGUCAGAAAACAACUUGUCUGGAAAAAUUCCAAUAGGCACUCAGCUCCAAACCUUUGACUCUGCUUAUGGUGGAAAUACUCUGCUUUGUGGAGAACCGCUUCCAAUGACAUGCUCUGAUGAGGAAAAAGGUCCAGGACAAUCUGUGUUGGUGAAUGAAGACGACAAAGAUGGGCUCAUAACACAAGGAUUUUACAUUAGCAUGGGGCUUGGGUUUGCUGUUGGAUUUUGGGGAGUUUGUGGCACUCUUCUGCUCAACAGGUCAUGCAGAUAUACGUACUACAAUUUGCACUGGUGGGUGCUUUGGCUUUAG